ACCAGUGAAAGAUAGAAAGAAGAAUUAAGGGCCGCUGGGAGUAAAGUUGCUAAGCACAUCUGUAAGUUUGUUUAUUUUUACAAAUUCACCAUUUCUGUUUACAGAGCCUGUUUUUCCUGCUUGCUGACGCCAACCUUCGAAGCUUGGUUGAACACAAUAUGCAGGAGGAUUCCAAUUCGCCGUUUUCUCCUGUGGACAGUUCGAGCAACAGCGAGGGGGAACAGGACACGCAGCAGAAGAGAAAUGGCAGAAAGAGGCGUUCAGGCCAAAGGUCUCAUAGACCCAGCACCGGGAAGAAAGGCAUGAAAAUCUCUCCGCUUGCCCAAAGCUUGGAAGAUAUUCAGACCCAGAGAGUUGUGGCCAACGUGAGGGAACGCCAGAGGACACAAUCCCUGAAUGAUGCAUUUGCAACUCUUCGGAAAAUCAUUCCCACCCUGCCUUCCGAUAAACUCAGUAAAAUCCAGAUCCUUAAACUGGCCACUAGGUACAUCGACUUCCUUUACCAAGUGCUGCAGAACGACGAGAUGGACAGCAAGGUGACGAGCUGUAGUUAUCUGUCACACGAAAGACUCAGUUAUGCUUUUUCCGUCUGGAGGAUGGAAGAAUCUUGGCCCCUGUCUGCUGGGCCUUAAUGACUGCUACCAAUCAGGCACAUUGAUUUGCUACGUGGGAACUCUACGCCAGCGCAUCAAGAACAUUUUAAAGAUGAACUAAGUGUAAUCAAAAGUCAAGAGCACUUAAAUACUGGGCUGCGUUUGUGGGUAUUCCUAGAAUUAUACCGGGAGAUCAGGCAACGUUGGUCCGUGGAUUCAAUGUUAUCUAUUUAUUUGCAUGUCUUCUGCAAGGCUUCAAUCCCACCGUAUAUCGUGUGGCGAGACUGAGAAAUCGUUUUGUUUAACAAGGAAGAAAACUGCGGACUGAGAGACACAAACUCAGAACUUUGUUGUGAAAUAUUAUUUUUUUAUAUUUUAAUUGGAAACCGAACUUUUAUUUCUGGAGAAUGAGCUCUGAAUGUUGUGAACCGUCUUGUUAUUUUAAGAAAAAGGUCUAUGGCGUUGUGUUUUGUAAUAAAUGCACAUUGCGUUCA